CUCCCUCUGCGCCCGCUCCGCUCCCCCCUCACCGCCCGGCUCUCCCUCUGCGCCCGCUCCGCUCCCCACUCACCGCCCGGCCCUCCCUGCCGAGGACAGCCCUCGCCAUGUCCUUCCGCCAGCGGAGCCCUCACGGCAGCACGAAGAGCAGCCCGCAGCACCCCCCGCGCUGGGCCCAGGCGCGGAAACGCGGCGCCGAUGGGAGGCGGCGGAGGCAGAACGAGCCCGAAUCCUCGGUUUUUGAGGAAAACGAGCCCCGUCCUGCGGAGAGCCGGCAGGACAGUUUUACAACACCAGAAGGCCCUGGACCCCUUUCCCGGUGUUCAGACUGGGGAACUGCAGUGGAAGAAGAGGAAAUGAGGACCAAUGUCAACAAAGAAAUUGCAAGGUACCCCUGGGUGUUUAGGGUCAAGUGGGGAAAAGAGGGGAAAUGGUAGUUGUCUUGUAGAAUC